CUAUGCAAGACGGCUGGCGACGCCAUAUGAUGGCUUUGUUCAUGGGCAGCAGCUGCGCUUUGCUCGCGAAACGGUCGCUUGUACCUGAACAGGUAACAGAAGCAACAGGUCAUUUCUCCGGGCGAGGGGAGCGCGGCUACCGGCCGCUGUGCCCGAGACAGUCGCGUACUGUUCUCCGCGGUGACUGCACGCCGCCGCUCGCGUCCGCGCGCUCCACAAACCGCGAUAUAUUUCGAUUACUUCGCGCAAGUAAUGUGCGCAAACGCACACCUCAGUGAUCCGUUUGUUGACAGCCAGUUGUGACAGUGCAAAUGUCUCCCAGUUUAGAAGGGAUCAUGUUCAACCGAAACACGAACCUGUCGGCGCGCCGGCCGUUGUUGGCGGAACCGCAAAAGCCUCUAAUGGUCCCACCACGCGCGCCUCCCCGCGACACUGGCCCGCACCGGCCCUUGCCCGCACCCAGGAACCAGCCUACAGAUUAUUCCUACGAAUACCGACCAGAUUACUGGAAACCAUCGAACGUCGAACUCGAAAGACGGCUACACGAGACAAGGGCACGCGAGAAAGUUGGAUACUUUCAAGACAAAGUUACAGCUCCAGAUCUUAGUCUGGACCGCAGAGAAGCGGAGCUUGUGUUCAGGUUCGAUCCACAGGCGUCUGACGAAUAUCUUUCGAGUCAGUACCGUGCCCCGGUAGUGCAUUAUGCGAAGCCCCCGACUCCGGCGAACGGGUUCGCUGCCCGUGUGCCCGAGAGAGACGGGCCGUUCGUGUUCGGAGUGCACAGUCCGAGCCAGUUCCCGAUUUCACGGCGGGACGAAGACGACUACGACUACUCCGAAGUGGCUGAAGAGAACGGCCGCACUGUGAUACGAGACGAUGUGUCUGAAGACUUGAAUUGCUGUGAUAAAGUGAACGAGUGGGCGGUCAGGGAUAAAAAGAGCAGACGGACUUUGAACCGCAUGUUUCAGAUUAAAGACAGAAGGAAGGUGAAAGGUGGAAAGAAAGAGAAGAUAAAGUGUGUGUUGGUGGGUGAUGGAGCUGUAGGGAAGAGCUCGUUGAUAGCGGCAUACGCGCAGGAUACGUUCCGGGAGGACUAUCAGCCUACAGCAUACGACACAUUCAAUGUUGUGGUGGACGUGGACGACCGACCGCUCUGCGUGGAAAUCUGUGAUACUGCUGGACAGGAUUCAAUGUCCGAGCUCCGCGAGCUCUGUUACCCUGGGACUGAUGUGCUGAUGCUGUGCUUCUCCGUGGUGAGGCCGGAGACCUUCAGGUCGGUGGCCGAGAGGUGGACCAAAGCUGUGGCCAACGUGAACGCGCCGCUCAUACUCGUUGGCACUCAGAGCGACCUCGCGCAAGAUUCUAGAGUCCUACAGACUUUGAGGAGUCGAGGCGAGCACGUCGUUACAGAAGUCGAGGCGAAGGCAUUAGCAGCUAAGAUCGACGCAGUCUACAUAGAAACAUCAGCUAAAACAAGAAAACAGUUGAAGGACGCUUUCGACGCCGCCAUCUUGGCGGGCCUGCCAAUUAGACACGGCAAAAAAUCAUUUUGGAAGAAACUAUUCUGUUUAAGUUAAAAUAAUUUAGAUAAAAAUGGACUAUUUUGUGAAUGCCUAUUUGGAAAUUGUUGUGUACAGUUGUACUGUAUAGAAUUUGUUGGAAAAAGAGACGGACCAGUUUAAAACUUCGUUAUCUCUUGUAGAUAGAUAAUUAAUAAUCAUUUAUCGGAUACUAGCAAGCUUUAAAUGUUCUGUCUGUGUUAUCACUGUUAGAAAUUCACUGCAAAGGAAAGUUUUAAGCUUUACUAUUUUUUGGACUUGUGUUCCUGUUCGGAGUGCCUUUAGAAAUGUAUUAGCAUUCUCACAUCGAUGUUUGUUGCUCUUAAGAAAGUGCCAGGCGCCUAUAUUUAAAUUCUAUAAGAAUAAUGAAUUCCAAGAGAAUCUAAUGUGAAUUGCUUUUUAUCUAGUUAUAUUCACAAUUUGGGUCUUUUAAUACCUAAGGUACUUUAAAAUUCUGAAGUUUUUUCUUCAAACAACUGUUAGCUACCUAUAUUUUGAUAAAUGUGGUAGCAAAUUAUGUAUUGUCUUUUGUUCCUAUAUACUUCUUACUCAAAGAUAUUUUUAUAAUCACAUGCAUUUUGAGUCACACACUUGGAAUGGGAACAUCUGAUAGUAUGUAAUACUUAUUACAAAAGGAAUAGAGUUGAAAAUAGCUUGACAUUACGAAUUUUAAAAGAAACUUCUACCUGAUAAAGCCUCUACAGACAAUUUUGAGUCAUCAGAUCCAUUUUAUUAUAAACCGUCGUCUAAAAUUUGUUUGACUAAAGUGCGUCGUUUAAACCAGGUUCUGCCUAUCCCCAAAAAGUCCUACUAAUAUUAUCCUACUUCAAAAUUUUGUGAGAAUGUAUGUAAGUAUGUUUGUUGCUCUUACACUUAAAAACUCCUGAAUAGAUUUGAAUGAAAUUUGGUGCAGAGAUAGAUUUUAUCCUGGAAACGCGAGUGGAGACACUGGUAGUCUUUCUGUUAUAAUAAUUAUGUGUAUGAGUCAAUACUGAUAACGGUGAAACUUGUAGUUUAGCAAUUAUCAAUAUACAUGCUCCUACAAUAUAUCUAAAAUAUGCCAAUUAUUUCUUCCCAGCUCUUCCAAUAAAUAAAACUAACUCAACAUAGGUACAUACAAACCAAUCAUAUCAAUACUGAAGUUAUCCAAUCUGUCAGAUUUCUUAAAAGAAUGCUUUAUUGUUUUGCAAUAAAGUUGGAAAUCCAUUGCAAAGACAGAUUGUAUAUAAGACAUAUUUGUUCUUUAACAUAAUAGUCUCUGGUUUAAACGACGUUCUAAUUUUUGAACGGUUUUAUAUUAAGAUGGUAGAAGUUACCAAAAAUUCACGGCUUACUCACGUACAUUAAUCGAGAAAAGCUCUACUAGUUUCGAGUCGCAGAGGGGACUCUUCAUUAUAAGCAGCGUACGUAGAUGCGGAGCGUCGAUUAAUGUACGUGAGUAAACCGUGUUUUUUAGUUAAUUUAGUAUGUCUCACGAUAAUCAUUAUAAAAAUAUAGAUGGUAGAAGUGUUCUCAGAACAAAUUCAAUUAAGACAAAAAAAAAAAGAAAAAUAAGUGAAGAUUAAAGGCGUAAUAUCUGGCUGAGAUUAUCAUAUGGCUGAGAUUUACAAUGUGUAUUAUAAGAUUGUGGUCAUAAUUUGAAGUUUUCUCUCCAAUUUAGCUUUCGGUAGAUGGCGUCUUGAUCGUUUUUGGAGAUUGACUUCAAUUCAUGACCAUAAACUACAAACAUGUGUUUUAGCAAUGUUAGCUAUCUCUGUCACACACUCUCAAAUUACAAGUACUAGAAAGAGAUAGAAACUAUGCUUUAAAAAUCUCAGCCAUUCAUGGAAGGAGUUCUAACUUUAUAUUGUUGUACAGUAAACAUAAAAAUGUAAUUUUAAGUGUUAUAGGUGUAUAUAUUGGAUAAUUAUUUUAAUUAAUGUUGUUUUGAUACUCAACACGAACUGAAUAUAAUAAUAUUUUAUUAUAAUUAAAA